AUGGCGGUGACUUCAUUCUGUGACGAUCCGGAGAGAAAAGCGACCGAACCAUUGCUGAGCUCGUCGAAACUCGACUACGGUGGCACCCAAGACGAGAAGAUCGACCCUCAUUGUGUGGCACUACCAGAGGAAACACCGCUGGUGGGAUCCAAGUCCGACCCGGUUGCUCCAGAGUCACCCUCGAGUCGGUACACGCCCCGGCAGAAGCGUCUGCUGGCUGGUCUCGCUGUGGUCAGCAUGUUGAAUGGCUCGCUGAUGGCCGUCAUGGCUCCGUUCUUUCCAGCAGAGGCAGCGCGUCGCGGCGUACCUCAGACAGCCAUCAGCGGCGUCUACAGCUGCUUCGCGCUCACCCAGGUGGUGCUGUACCCGCUGGUCGGCUCGCUGUCGCUGCGGGUCGGCGUGACGCGCCUCUACAACGCCGGCAUGGCCACCGCCGGCGUCUCGACGGCGGCGUUCGGCGCCUUCAACUACAUCCGCGGAGGCACGCCGUUCAUCGUCGCCUGCUACGUCGGCAGGUUCGUGGAGGCCACCGGCACCGCCUGCGUGGCCGCCUGCGCCUUCACCAUCAUCGGCAACCAGUUCGGCGACUGCGCCAGCUCGGCAGUGGCCAUGGUGACCGCAGCCCAGUCGAUCGGUAUCACGGUCACACCGGCGCUGGCGGGAGGGCUGUACGCGUUGGCUGGCUUCGGGCUGCCAUUCUACGUCAUCGGCGGCGCCAUGAUCGUGGCGGCGGUCAUCAACGCCCAGUUCAUGCCGGCAGUGGUAAAGGAGAACAAUUCCUCGGAAGGUCUGUUCCACAUGGUGAGGACUUUCGCGGGCUCCCGCGAGAGCUGCGUGUGUCUACUGUUUGUGUUCAGCUACAUGUUAAUUUUUCUUGCCUUCAUUCCGUCGGCAGCGCCGUACGCAGACAGCGUCCUCGGGGCCUCUCCAGCCAUGAUCUGCCUCUUCCUCAGCGUCGCUGCCGCCUCGUGUGUCGUCAUGAGCUUCGUGUGGGCGUGGAUAGCGGAACGCAUCUCCAACCCGUACCCGAUGAUGGCCAUCUGCCUGCUACUGGUGGCCAUCAGCCAGCUCCUGAUCCCACCUGUGCCGUGGCUCGGUCUCCAGCCAAGUCAGUGGCUGUUCGGACUGGGCAUGACCAUGGAGGAGGCCGUGUUCGGGGGCGCCUACAUCCCGUGCUUCCAGCUAAUGCUGACAGCCACGGUGCGCGCCGGUCUCCCUGACGACCUGCGCACGCACGCGUUCGUCUCCAGCGUCUACUGGACGGCGUACUCGCUGGGUAUCGUGGCGGGUCCGCUGGCGGGCGGCGCGCUGGUGGACGCCUAUGGGUUCUCGAUGAUGAUGACGGCCGUGGCGGGAUGGGCGGUGCUGAUGGCACUGGUGGCAGCAGCUCAGGCUGUCGCUAAACACACCGAGCUGAGGAGGGGUCAGUGA